AUGGCAGGCAUAGCAAAAUAUGCUUUUGCUUUGACCGUCUUUCUAGGAGGGCUUGCGUGUGGAAUUGGAGCUGCUCCUAGCAUACGGGUCAAAUCUGUGCGGCUGAGGCCCGAAAAGGAGGUCUAUCUGAGCGGCGAUGUCAUUUUCCACUGUGAAGUUGUCAAAGAUGAGAAUGGUUUUCAGUCGAUUAAAUCCGCUCCCCUGCAGGUGCGAUACCACAGGAAUGGAAAGGUUUGGAAAGACACGGGGUCUCCGAAGAGGAAUGUCCAACUGAUGUAUGUUGAUAAUACAGACAUGGUUGAUGUGGUCUGCUACAUUCAAACGCAGUCCACCCCAUCCAAAGUUAUAAAGUACAAAGCGGUUGAAAAGCCACCAGUGUUCGUUUUGGUGCCAAAUAAACCCACGUACGGCAUCGGUGAGCGCAUAAUGGCCUGCAGGAUCAUCCACACGGGGGGCAAUAUAGAGGAAAAUUGUCCCUUCUACAUGGAGGUGAUUGAUUCUAUCACGAAGCAGAUCAUCUGGGAUAGUAUUAGCUAUGUGAGAACCGCCGAGGUCCCUUGGAUCAUGCGCGAAUACAAAUCUCUGCUGCGGAUUACUUGCAAAGGAGGGGAAAUGGAGGUUGGACCAAAAACCAUAGAAGUUACAAGUGAGUGCACAAAAGUGAAUGCAUUUGGGCGGAGGCCGUUUAAAUGA